UCGGCACCCACGGAGCCGGGCUCGUCCUCCCUGCGCCCGACGCGUCCCGUGCCCCGGCCCGGCGGCGAUGCUCUGCCAGCCCCGCUCCUCCUCCUCCUCCUCCUCCUCCUCCUCGCCGUGCCCCUGAGGGGCCGCCGAGCCCCCGCCGCAGCCCCGAACGCCCACGGCGCAGCCAGGAAGGCGGUGAUGGAGCAAGUUUCCCCAAAAUCAGCUAUUGCACAAAAUGGAUCACAUGAGUUUCUCUGAGAAGCCCAUGAAGCCCUGCUGUCAGCUUCAGACAUGGUAUAAAUUACAGAGACGUCCCAACGGGUCUAAAUUCUUCAACUGACCAAGCUGCAGCAACAGGGAAACUUCUCAGCCUGGCAGGAGCAGAGAUUUGGAUCCCAGGCAGCAAAACAGGUUGGUGGAAUGGCUUUGUUUGAAUGGUUAAUUCACUUUGUUUCAGGCUUUUCACUGAGCAUCAAUGAAAUGCCAAACUUGGCACAGGCAAGGGGCUUUAGAGGCUGUGACAGCUCAAGUAGUUCACACUCUUCCUGCAGGAACUGCUACAAAUUAGGGUGUGGUGGUCCUGAAAUUCCCGGGGGUUUCUUACCUUUCGAUGGCCUGCUCUUCAGCAAGGAAGUAUAACAGUUUCUCGGAAUGUUUAGUGUUUGACAUUUAGAAUUUAAACCACACUGGCUGUUUGCCCCGGGAUAUUUGAUCCUGUGACUGUUUUUUGGUGCUUUUCCAAAUCUUACGUCAAUAAACAUAUAAAUGUUGUGUGACCAAUUAGAUGUGUUUCAUUAAACUGGGAUCUCCUUGAGCAAGAGCAUCUUGAGUCAAAAAAGCCUUUAGGGAACCAGGAAAGGAAAGCUUGAAAAUGAGCUCAUCCCUCUUCUUGCACUCCCUGCUUCAGCCUUCCCUGUUGCUGUGAUGCAUCCUCUCCUCCUCAUCACGUGUCCUGCUCUGGCCCAGUCCUGGGCUGUCCCAAAUGCUCCUCUCACUCAUGGGCCUCUCUUCCCAGCAGCACUGACCCCCAGGCAGAGCCUUGGCUGAACCAUGACCGAGGAGCCCGGGCGGAAGGACAGCGAGCUCGGACCCCCCCACUGCACCAUGGGCUGUGGACACAAGGACGACAAAGCCAGCCUGGCUUCGAGCCAGGUAUCAUCCUUCAGCCACCAGCCCCCCUCCAGCCCUGCCUCCAAGGAAGUGUGGAAGAAGGGCGGCCGCAUGUUCUCCAUCCUGCUGGCCGUGCACUUGGCGCUGCUGGCCUGCACGCUGGUGAGCAGCGGCGCGUUCGAGAAGAUCGCCGUGCACGACUACGACGUCUUCUUCCUGCUGACCGUCAUGAUGCUGAUUGUCAUCGUCUGGAUCAUCUUCUACCUCGCCGGCACCUCCCGCUGCCCCGGUGCCAUCCUCGGCAAGGACUCCCACGCCGGGCCCAUCUGGCUCAGAGGAGGCCUGAUCCUAUUUGCCAUUUUCAGCCUUGUCAUGGAUGUGUUCAAAAUAGGAUAUUACUCAAGCUUCUACAGCUGCCUGUCUGCAAUCAAAAUCAUCUACCCCAUUGUGCAGGCAAUAUUUGUGAUUGUCCAGACAUAUUUCCUGUGGGUCUCUGCCAAAGACUGCAUCCACGUGCACCUGAACGUUACCAGGUGUGGCUUGAUGCUAACGCUGACUACAAACCUGGCAGUGUGGAUGUCAGCAGUGACAGACGAGUCUGUCCACAAGGCACAUUCAAAACUGAAGAAAAACAUGACAGAGGAAAUCUUCAGGUGGCUCCUGAAAGUGGGAAUGAGAAGCAGCUCAGUUGAAGAAUGCAAUUGCAACAGCCAAAUCUGCCAGAUCUUCAAAAAUGGCUACUUUUGGUUGUACCCCUUUAACAUUGAGUACAGUCUCUUUGCCUCUGCCAUGGUCUAUGUCAUGUGGAAGAACGUUGGACGCUUCAUAGACCACCACUCCCACCACAUCCAGCGCCUGAAGUUCAGGCUCUUCCGAAGGACCUUCUUUGUAGGCAUCAUGUUGGGCCUCAUCAUCCUUGUCAGUGGUUUGGGAGUCCUCAUCCUGUAUGAGGUGCAGGUAAAUUCCAGCACUGAAUCCAGCAAGAAGAGCCAAGCACUCACCAUGUACUACAUCUUCAACAUUGUUUGUCUGAGCCUAAUGUCUCUUGUCUGCAUCGGUGGCUCCAUCAUCUACCGGUUUGACAAGAGGGACAUGGACCGGCACAAGAACCCCACCAGGACCCUGGACGUGGCCCUGCUGAUGGGGGCAGCCUUGGGGCAAUACGCCAUUUCCUACUACUCCAUCGUGGCCAUCGUGGCCAGCACGCCCAGGGACACCAUGAGCGCGCUCAACCUCACCUACGCCCUCCUGAUGAUCGCCCAGCACACCUUCCAGAACGUCUUCAUCAUCGAGGGCCUCCACCGGCAGCCCCCCAAGGAGGACUGCAAGCACGAGGCUCACCAGAAGGAUCUCUAUGGGCUCACCUUUGUCAACAUCAACGCCGUGUCCCUGCGGGUGCCCGACACCGGCGGCGCCUUGGCCACCGCCACGGCCUCUGGCUCGGAAGCCACGCACGCUUCUGACCUCGUGAGGUCCCUCACUGCCCCCAAGAAGAUGAACUGGAGGAGGAAGUUCUUGAGGGAGAUCUCCAUGUUCCUGCUGCUGAGCAAUAUCAUACUCUGGAUCAUGCCAGCCUUCGGUGCCCGGCCCCAGUUUGACAAUGACACAGAACUGAACUUCUAUGGCGAUUCCAUGUGGCCGGCCAUCGUGGACAUUUGCCUGCCCUUUGGGAUCUUCUACCGAAUGCACGCUGUGGCCAGUUUGCUGGAGGUCUACAUCAUGUCCUAAAGAGCUCCCUUGCAAGGAAGAUGAGAUCCUCCUCAUGCAAUCCACCUCCUUCCUGCCCCAGGGCUGGGAAGCUGCUCAGAUGUUCCAGCACUGCCUGAAUUGUGUCCCCUUGCAGUGUUGGGGCGUCUAUGAACUGUCAGUGAAGAUCAUCCAAAAAUAGUCCAGAUUUUAUUUUUGCUACUUGUGUAUGGAUGUGCCUGUGUAUGUGUGAAGCUCUUAAAGCUUAAAAGAGAACAGAUUUAAAAAAAAAAAAAAAAAAAAAAAAGGAAGGUAUCUAGGGAGAUCAUGGUGAUUAACCUUGGUUCCUGCAGAGACUCACCUUCCUUGUAAAGCCUGUUCACUCCAUGCCACUGAUGGACUCUCCAGAGUGUUCUCAGCACCCUUGGGCAGUCAGAGCCUCCCUGCACACAGAACUGGAGAGUGCAAGGGGCUGACACAGACCUACAAGGACAGAAAGUGAAACCACUUCACCUCCUGGUACGGCCAGUCGGAAAUCACUCCCCUGCAGAGAUGUGAAAAACAAACUGGUGACCACCAAAGGCUUUGGGAAACAUUUGAAUCUUUCCUCUCUGUAUUGUCCAUGUGUUGGGCCCUCUCAACCCUUCCCUGUGCCAGCCCCUGCCUUCCUCUCCAGGGAAGCUUCACUGCAGCCUCCUCCUGCAGGAGGAAGAGCUGUGCAUGUGAUCCUAGGCUAGCCCUGAUAUGGGAUUGCUUUAGCACACUUUUUUCUCAGCUUUCCUGAAUCAGGGCUCAAGAAUCAUAAAGAUGAUGUGGGCAAUACAGUCUGGGGGAUAAUAAAGAGAUUUUUCUUUUUUCUUUUUUUCUUUUUUCUUUUUUUAAAUACACAAUGAUUUUUUUAAUAUAGAACAUUUUUGUAUGCAAUGUUAUUUAUUGAUUUUCACUGUAACUGAACUCCUGAAGGGACCCUGUGACACAGAAAUCAAUGCAAUGCCAUGGCCAGUUUGAUCCCCAGCAGCCUGAAGGGAUGCUGGUGCUGCACCCUCAAGCCUGUGAGUGCUUCAAGGCUCAGAGCACAGCCCUGACUCAGGUUUCUGGGUGCCUGCAGCUCUCCACGAACCACUGAAUGACUGAGGGGCUUUCAGAGCAGGAGUCCUGGGCUGCAGGAGGUGGAAAUGGGCCCAUCUGCUGUACCCAGCAUCCAAGCAGAGCCUCAGAAAGCCCUCCCUGCCAGGACAUGUCAAACUGGCACAGCUGAGCUCUGUUUGCAUCCUGAGAAAUCAGGGUUUAACUGUUCUAAUAAAGGCUUUAUUGUUCCAUCAGGGUUUAUUGUUCCAAUAAAAAACACUGCAGAGAGGGCAGAAACCAUCAAGCCUUUCCCUACAGACGUGUGAGCAUCUGCCAAAGAAAAAAUAAUAAAAGGAAAUCAUGGUACUUGAAAUGGAGUGAUGCAAUUUUCCACCCCACAGCCCCGGCCAACGUGUUUCCAACCACCUUCCCCUCCAAGCCCAGAUCACCAAACCAGCAGGGACCAGUGCCUCUGGCUGGUCUGACAUCAGUGUUCCUACCUGCCAGCAGCCCUUCUCUGAACUGUGUAGAAUGUGGGGGAAAUCACAAUUUCCCCUCCCUCAGAGGGGAUCCAGCACUGAUCCAGCAUCUCCCCUUGGGUCAAUCCUUCCCCUCACCAGCCUGGGAGUCUUUCCAAGCCCAACUGACCCUGCAAAGGCCUGCUUCUAUUUUGAUCUGUUAAAGAUAAAAUCUUUCUCUAGAACCCUUACCUUUCCUAAAACAAAAGCCUCAUUAUUCCCUGGCUCCUGCAGUUGAAAUUAAGUCAGAAAAGAGACGCAAGCAGUGCAGACGUCAGUCCUGCUUACAGCUC